AUGGCUUCAAAUAUGAUCCAAGCUGAGGGCUAUUCUCCCCUCAAAUUGACCAUGGUAUCCGAAAGACUCCCUGCUAUCUCUGGUUUGGCAAAGCAGCAAGGCAAGAUGAGGCCAGAGGCAUCAACCCAUGGUCAUGUCACCUUUCCGGUUUGCGGUAACCAUGGCAGAAAUCUUGAUGAGGACAGACUAUUGCAGUCUUACUUUUCCGUGUCGGAGGCACAAACAAUUUUGGCCACAAAGGAUCCUACCAGUGAAGUCCGAGGUAGAUCAAUCAUCAUAACUGGACCAACCUUCGGCGUCAAAUUUGUGGGCAAACCAAACGUAAUAAGAAUGAGUAGUUUGGGCUACACAAUUCAGCAAGAUUUGCUCGCAGCAGAAGAUGAACCAAACUUGAUUUCCCCACCCAAACUGUUAUACGCUAUUGGGAACAUCGUCAAAUGCAUCCGUCUGGCUCGUAUCCUGCGGUCAUUUCAAGAGAGUAGAGUCUUUGAAAAGAGUAUGCCAUGUGGUUGA